AUGCGAUUUCGUGACCUCUACAACUGCCUGGAGGCACCUGCGCUUGCGCACUCGCAAACAUGGAUAAUCCUUCGGGCGACGCACCCUCGGUCGAUGCACUUUCUCACACUUAGACCACACUCACUAGCACUUCACGACACUGAUGGAAAUAGUCCGACAGCACGCGUGGACUACGAGAGAUGCCGACAGGUUGCUGGUUGCGGGCCGACUGCCGCCCGCGCGCCGUACACCGACUCAUGCGCAGCUUUUUGCUAA